AAUCUGAGGGACGUAAUGGAGCAAGAUCGCCGGAAGAAGAAUACAUUAGAGACGGACUUCUUCACCGAGUACGGGGAUGUCAACAGAUUCAAAACCCAGGAGGUCAUAGGCAAAGGAAGUUAUGGACUUGUAUGCUCUGCCAUCGAUACGCAUACUGGGGAAAAGGUUGCAAUAAAGAAGAUACACGAUAUCUUUGAGCACAUAUCUGAUGCUGCCAGGAUCCUUCGUGAGAUCAAACUUCUCAGGCUCUUAAGGCAUCCUGACAUUGUGGAGAUCAAGCACAUUAUGCUGCCUCCAUCAAAAAAAGAUUUCAAAGAUAUUUAUGUCGUUUUCGAACUCAUGGAAUCAGAUCUUCACCAAGUCAUAAAGGCUAACGAUGACUUGACAAGGGAGCACUAUCAGUUUUUCCUUUACCAGAUGCUUCGUGCGCUGAAAUAUAUCCACACAGCUAAUGUUUAUCACCGAGACCUCAAGCCGAAAAACAUACUUGCUAAUGCAAACUGCAAACUGAAAAUAUGUGACUUUGGAUUAGCAAGAGUAGCUUUCAGCGAUACACCCACUACGAUCUUCUGGACGGACUAUGUUGCGACUAGAUGGUAUAGAGCCCCUGAACUUUGUGGAUCAUUUUACUCUAAGUACACCCCCGCAAUAGAUAUUUGGAGCAUCGGCUGCAUUUUUGCUGAGAUUUUGACUGGAAAGCCGCUAUUCCCUGGCAAAAAUGUGGUUCACCAGCUUGAUUUGAUGACUGAUCUUCUAGGGACACCUUCAUUAGAUACAAUUUCUCGGGUGCGAAAUGAAAAGGCAAGGAAAUACUUGAGCAGCAUCAGGAAAAAAGAACCUGUACCAUUUUCACAGAAGUUUCCAAAAGCAGAUCCUUUGGCACUAAAAUUGCUUGAAAGGCUGUUAGCUUUCGAUCCGAAGGAUCGUCCAACUGCCGAAGAGGCAUUGGCUGAUCCGUACUUUAAGGGUCUCGGAAAAAUUGAGAGAGAGCCUUCUUGCCAACCAAUUUCAAAGAUGGAAUUUGAAUUUGAGCGCCGGAGAGUGACAAAAGAGGACAUCAAGGAACUCAUCUUUCAUGAAAUUUUGGAAUACCAUCCUCAACUGCUCAAGGAGUACCUAAAUGGAACCGAAAGGCAAAACUUCCUUCACUUAAGUGCUGUGGAUCAAUUUAGGAAGCAAUUUACUCAUCUUGAGGAAAAUGGUGGUAGAAACGGGCCAAUGAUUCCACCAGAGAGGAAGCAUGUUUCUCUCCCUAGAUCUACAGUGGUGCACUCUUCUACAAUUGCUCCAAAGGAACAAAAUUAUAUAGCACCGUCCGGAGAGAAGUAUUUCACAGAUGAGACACAGAACAAUGCAAAAUAUACCGAAGGCUUUCCUGGGUACCAUGCAAGGACCUCACAUCUUCCUCAGAGAAUUCCUAUUGCAAAGCCCCCGAGAGUUGUGGGACCUGUAAUGCCCUACGAAAGCGGAAAUCCCACAGACAUAUAUGAUCCCAGGAGGCUAAUAAGGCAUUCUUCGGUUCCUUUGCAGCCUACUAUACUAUUCCCUAUUCAGAGUACAAUGGUAUAUAUGGGGAGCUCAGAAAGGAGGUCGAUGGACACAGAUAGGAUUGCGGUGCAACAUAUGCCACCCCCACGCCAAAGUGUGCCCAUACAGGGAAACACCGGGGGACCUGAGGUAUCUAUAGACAUGCGGGCCCCUCCUUUCUACAUGCCACCCCAUGAAACUACAGCUAAUUCAGCUGACAACAGAAUUACAACAAAUUCAGAAGCAACCCUAGCGCAGGCUAAUCAUCCUUAUGCUGCGGUUGCUAUUCCUGCUUCUCAUGCGCAGGUUCCUUCCUAUCAGUAUGGCAUGUCACAAAUAAUUUAGUGCUGAUCGAUAAGAGUUGCUAUUUAUCGAUGUACUGACCCUUUGGAGGGUUUUAAUUCUCAAAGGAUAGGAUAGCAGGAAUCUUCAGUAACAAAUCGCAGAAUAAAACUGAAUAACUGGAAGAAUUAGAACAUAGCAGCAUACCGUCACAGAGGGAUAUUCUGGUGAAACUUUUUAUACAACUCAAAAAUGUAGGUUUGUUUUCUUCUUCUUCUUUGCCUUUGGUGAUAUUUGGGCAUUCUGCUUCAUUCCAACUGUAAGAUCGUUCGUAGUUUUAUGGACUGUUUUUCGUGAGCAAAGAGUAGAUUACUGACUGAUGAUCAGUCGUGAGCACUGACUUCUGACUUUUUCUGGAAGCCUCUGCAUGAACUGGGAAACAACUGUAGAAAAAUUUCAGGAUCUUGGCAUGUUAAUCCUUAAUGGAAGGUUGAAAUUGAUUAUAUUGAGUGUUAGUGGUUACCCUGAUUGUUCCUAUACUAACUCCAUAUGUCAACUUUUGCUUAAUGUGUUUUCUUCCUCUUCGUUCAGUUUGUUUGUAAACUAUAUGGGAUUGUUUCUGUACUAUCCCGAUAUGACAAGUCGGUUCUUGUACUCUCUGUACUUUGUUUUUAUUUUCCUUUUAUUUUCUUAAA